GCCCGCCAGUCAUCCGCCGCUCCCCACCGUGUGCGCGCGUCUUACGCCGUCGAAUAUUUUUAGUGCACCUGCUGAUCGGCGAGACCGCACCGAAUCGUCGACCGUUAUCGCCCUAAAUGACAGCCUAAUGGACGAACGAAGAGGUAGUCCAUGCAUGCUUGUGUUAACGUAGUGAGAACUCGACAGUGGAGUGCAGUGUUGUGUUCAUGCUGAUAUGGAGGAGGUUCGCAUAUCGGAUUGGCCGGAACCACCGGGUUCGCAUGCAUGGCUCCCCGCUUAUGGUUUCCAGCAUGAUAUUAUGGAUAAAGACGACUAUUUCUGCACCAAUGGUGACAAUGGCAGCACACACGCUUUGUACCUCGAAACGAUAGUGGAAGAAACCAGCGAUGAUUUGCGCUCGGAACGUUCAUCAGCCGCUACUUGGCUAUCUGAUUCAGAUGCAGACUCUGUCAUACAUGUACGAGGACCUGGAGGUUCGGAAGAUAGUGAGUCGGAGCGGGAGUGGGCUUGUCCGGCUAAGCGAAGACGACGGGAGCGCGCAUCUUCACCGGCUAGCUCAGGAUCACUCUCACGCUCAUCCAGCCUCGCGCAGUUCGAGUCACUCGAACGGUCCUGUGCAGCGCCCGUCUCGCCCAGCCUCUCGCCGGACUCGCUGGAGUCACCCCCCGCCUCCCCGCCGCCCGCACGUGCACCAGCGCAGCGAACCCACCUCUCAGCAGAAAAUUUAAGCGAAGACAGCGGGUAUAGCGAGCGAUCGCGGCGACCACCACCGCCCGCGCAGCGCCGUCCGCCCGAAAUAGCGCAUCGACCGCCCGCGGCCGGCAGCGCGCCGUGCCUAACAGCAUCACCCAGUGCUGAACGCCGCCCGCCUCGUGCCGCGCGCGCUCUAUCGUUACCUGCCGAGCUCGACGUAUGUGCGGAAUCGCGACGACAUAUUGUGCAUCGGGCGCAUUUUCGACAGACCUUCGAAGUUACCGAUAACCUUACAGUCAGCGUGGCCGACCUGACCGCUUUAGACUACCGCGGCGGCCCGCGCCGCCCGCGACUUCCGCCGCCACCACCGCCACCGCGUACGCCGCGCUUGCCACCACCGCCGCCACCCUCCGUCGAUGUGGUUACACGGCGAUGUGCUGCCUCACCGGUCCGCGAACCGAGCGCCGGCAGCGACUCAACGACGGAGUCGGAACGUGCCUUCGCGCGUGAGAUGGAAACAACAGCUAGACAGCUAGACGAGACUGCGCGGCGAGCUCUCGCGGAAAGUGGUGAUUUCGAACGUGGUUUAUCUGUUCUUACAACUACGCGACUGCAAGACUCUUGGGGUGCGUGGGAUGACGUACUCGAUGAGUUACGACGUCGCCUGGAGCCCCAGUCUGCAACACCUUCACCACCUCGAACGCCGUCGCCGGACCCGAUUCGAGAACCUGUUUUCAGUUCGACGCCUUUAAGAUCCGGGGAUGCUCGAGUUAGAUCUACUCCAGAACUCCGUGCGCGUGCUACCCCACAUCGUGAAACUCCAGAUGAACUCAGGGCUUCAUUACAAUUAGUAGCUGCCGCGCCGCCCGGCUUAAUACCACCAGGUCGGUCGAUAUCUACAGGCUCAAAGGGUGUAACGUUCUCUCCUGUGGUCGCCGAAGUGAGUUGGCGAGAUACAAGCACGAGUACUACAGAGAGCGAGACAACCACGAGCGACGAUGCAAAUGACGCAGAGGUGGUGUUUGUGGAGGGGGGAGGCGAGGAGUCGCGCGCGCCGGCCGCAGAACGUGCCGCCGACAUGACGGAUGCGGGCGCGCGCGCGCCGCGCAGCCGCAUCGCCGGUUUCCUAUCGCGGUUCGCGAACUUCCGAUUUUCGGGACGCAAGGAGAAAAAAACACGGAGCGCAGGCGCGAACUCUCGACCGGUUCCCAGCGCGUUACCGGCGUCAGAUGCGGGGCAGGGACCGCGCGGGGCGGCCGCCGGGCCGCAGUAUGUGCGUAUCCCGCUGAAAGAGGAGGGUGUGUCGCGGGCGGCGGCACCCCCCGUGGCGGGCGGUGUGGCGCACAAGCCUCCGCGGCCGCGCCCGCCGCCCGCUCCGGCGCCCGGCGUGCUGGAGACCGACGUGGACACGCAGCGCACCGUGCUGCACGCGCGCUCUCUGCUCGCGCUCGCGCCACCGGAGCAGCGCGCACCUCGCCCUCACAAGUCCAUGGAGUUCCUGCUGGACAAGGAGAGUGCGCAGACCGUACAGCCUCCUGAGAACGAAUUGCAGAAGAAUUCGGACCGUGUGCUCUCUGAGCACGAGCUGCGUGUACAAAGAUCGUUGCAGAAGCUCAAUGUGCCGGAAUGGUACAAAAACGCACCAGCCCCUCGCGAGGGCUUUCUCCUCCGCAAGCGUCUCUCUGACGCGUCCGCGUCAGCGACAAGAUGGAGCGGCCUCAACUCGAAGACUACGUCACUUGGUAGCCUGGGAGGCGCUAACUGCCAGCCACCACCGCCACAGUUGUCCCCCCAUACGACCAGCUUUGGACGGUGGUCUACUAGCAGACUUAACUCUAAUCAGACUUCGCCUUGUUCGUCAACGCGUAGCAGCAUCCGCGGCACCAGCCCGCUUUGUUCCCCGUCUGCCCGCUCCUCUUUCAGUGCUCGUCAGCCCUACCUCGGCUGGAGGAGUCAGGAACGCUUGAACAACACCCCACGAACGCCUCAUGAGAGGCUAGCAUCUUCCCUCCUGCAGCAAUCGGCGUCUUCGAAGGCAUCUGAGGAGAUCCAAUCAUCGAUCAAAGAAGUCACAUCGGCGAUCGUGCAUUACGUUUCUGGUUUGGAGCCGGCCAAUGGUGACUUGGACAGUCAGCCGUCACCGCGUUCCAGCCAAAAGUUGUAUUGGCUUGAAAGCUCUUUUGUUGGUACGAAACCAUUGGAGUCCCCGCAAACACCCCUGGUAGUGUCUGACGCGCUACCUCCCCCCCACCCACGGCCGCCGUCUUCCCUCCGCCUUGACCACCGCGCGGCGCCCGACUGGCAAGACUCCCAGCGUUCUCUGAACUUGGGCAUUGCAAGACCAUCCCCCGGGUCGACAACGCUCGAGGAUGUACUAGACUCACUGUUGGGACUACCAUCACAGCCGACGAGGAUACCCACACCCCAACCGAGUCCUAGGAAAUCGACGAGUCCGUAUUAUCUAAUAGGUGGAAAGAGCCCUCGAUACGAACAGCUAGCUAGCAGCGGGCAUAGUAGCAGCUCGCCAGCUUCUCGGUUCAUUGGUACUCCGAGCGAGGGUCGAAGUUCUGCCACGGAUCCUAGUCCAGACCGCGACCGACCAGGCAAGGAUACAGUUGAUAAUCCUGCAGCAAUGCAAGGGUCGAGGCGGUCGCGUUCAGCGCACGGCGAGCACUCACGUCGACGGAGUGAGCCCUUCGCUCAGCCGAGCGUCUCUUUCGACCGUCGCACUAGCCUGGACGCCGCAGCAUUACGUCCUUCCGAAUCCCAAUUAAUUCACCAUGACUCCAAAGUCUCCCUAGCUUCAUUACAGACAGAGAACAGUACAGACGAAGCGUUUGUCAAAUGUAAAUACCCUAAAUGUUCUUCUCGUGCUCCUUUAGCAGAUGCCAAAAGGCAUUAUAAAACGUGCCAUAAUUGUACGACAAUGUAUUGCUCAAGAGAAUGCAGGAGAGCGCAUUGGGAAAAACAUAGAAAAGUCUGCUUACAUUCCCGAGCAAGUGCUUUGUGUAGACAAAUUAUAUCCGCCGCAAAAGAGGACGCUGAUUCAUUGCAUCAGAUAAGUACAAUAGGCCACAAAGGAUAUUUAAAUUUCGGGAGAGGAGUGGUAAAAGUUUUUUUCACGAGUCCCGAAGCAGCAGAAAAAUUUACCACUCACGGCUUCCAGUACUUAACAGAACCCGAAUAUCUUAAGUGGACCUCUCUCCAACCCAAUGAAAUGGGCGUGGAAUUAUAUACCGAAGUAGUGAAGUUAUGCAAAGCUUAUAAUCCGGAAACAAGGGUUAUUUUAUAUGUGGCCGUGUGUAUUAUUAGUGAAGUACCGACAAAGGGCGCUGUUAAAUGGGAGAGGCAAAUGGUGUCUAGAUGUGCAAAGUUGCGACUGAGUAAAACAGUGACGGUUGCCAUACAGGAACAGAAUCGACGGCGACACAGAAGAGACAGCAAGGGUACGCCAGAUGAUAGAGAAACAUUGAUUUUAACAUCUAAAUUGUGCAACGCAGGAGAGAAGAAUGCUGCAACAGCUCAUAAGUUUAGGGAAAUAUGCUUCCAUAACAUAAUGAACGAGCUUGAAAAACGUGGGGUAGCGUUGAAAAAGCACUUUCCGGAAGUGUACUCGAGGUUGGUUGCGUACGUGGAUGGUACGAGUGAUAGGUUCAUUCCUAUGACUAUAUAUCCUAAAGAUGUGACCAGUGGAAAGUCAUUUAUGUGUGUGAUCAUGCCAGACAGUGAGGUGGACAGUGUUACGCCCGUAGAUGGAAAAGUUGUGACGGUAGAUGUAGGCGUGGACAGGUCGAAACACCAGUUAUCUACUCCCAUGUAGAGUGCGCUAGCAUUUGGUCAACUAACGAUUGCUACCUCUAAACAAAGAAGAGAAAAAUGUGCUACGAUCAUGUCACAAUGCUUCUUAUCAAAUAAAAUUUAGACUUAUUAUU